AUGAAUGAUGCAAAUAAACAUCCAAAGCGUACUCGUGGAACUGAUCAAUCGACAUCUUUGUCUCAGCAAGUAUCGCUGAUUCUCGCAGCCUGUAGAAGUAUUCCUUUACCCGACGGCAUAGAAUGUGACUCACUAUGA